CUUGCGCGCGCCCUACGCGUACGCUUACUGUAAGCAUCAAAACGCUCCGCGGAUGCCAAGGGACGCUUACACUCCCCCCCCUCUGGACGGGAGCCGUCCUCGGAUCCCAGCGCCGGCCUAUUGCGGUCGCCGAAUCAUAGGGCAUAGGCGCGUACAAGCGCACAGCAUUGUUUAUAGCCAGCGUCAUCGGCUUACGAGAGUUGCGCGACUUGUCUCAGCACCUCGAGAUUUGCAUCACGUCUGAUACAAUCGAGAUCGAAGAGUGUGGGAAGCGCGGAUCGACCUUGCGACCUGCCGGUCUAUCGCAUUUUAGAGCAGUGAUCAGGUGCUCGAGUGCGUUAUUCGGUCUCGAUACCAUAUGUAAGCAUCAAAACGCUCCGCGGAUGCCAAGGGACGCUUACACUUACUUACCAAGUUUGCCGUCGGAUGGUUUCCAGGCAGAAGGCCUGACCGCUCUGCACCGCCGCAGCCGCCAUGCAGAUCGCCAGCCAGCUGACCCGGGCACCCCAGCUGAAGCGCCUGCUGGACCAGCUGGGCUUCCAGGAGGGCCAGCUCCACCCGGUGCUAGGGUCGCUGGACGCCCAGCUGAAGCGCAUGAUGGACCAGCGCUAUAUUGUGGCAGACAGGAACAUGACCAUGCAGGCGGACGGGUGCCAGGAGCGGCUGCUGCUGUGGGGCGACGCCGCGCUGUCGGAGACGGGGGCCAAGGCCAUUGAUGAGAUGAGCGACAGUGUAAGUGCGUUAGUGUAGGGUGGGGGCCGAAGUGGGUGUGAGGUUGCCUGCGGGAGCUGUCCUAGUACCGUAUCAAACAGUGCGUGGCCAGUGAAAUGUUGCUACCAAAUGCGCGUGCUUGGCGCGUAUCAAGGGUGGAGCGCAUCCCGUCCGGGUGCUGGCGCACGUGCACGCCGGUUGCGACGACACGGAAGCUUGUCGCUGGCCCGCCGGUCGCGCGACGCACUCCCAACCAGAGGUUUCCGCAAGGCUGGGCUGUAGUGGGGUCGGGGCUUACUCCAGGCUACGCCAUUUCGCACGACCAGGGCGGACCGCUUGCCAUGCGGUUCAAGCAUGUGUCGUCCUCGUGACAU